AGUGUGCUGAAACUGGGACUUGGUCUCUGCGCGGCGAGCGCUCCCCCCCCAUCUGCGGUGCAUGCGCAGUGUGCUGAAUCUGGGACUUAGUCUCUGCGCCGUGCGCUGGACCGGCUCAAUCUGAGGCAGCUCCUUGGUGCGACUACAACUCCUAUUAUAAAACUCUCUGCGGCCCAAGUUGGGGGUUGGGAAGCGCAUAAAAAUAAAUCUGAAAAAAAUGAGCCUUGAUCAUCACUCCCAGGUCAACACGGAUUGUCGGUUGAACGACUCCCAUAAGUCCAGUAAAGGUGAAGAAAAACACAAACAUAAAGAGCACAAGCACAAGGAGCACAAAUCAAAGGAUCGGGAUAAAGAUCGUGCGAAAACGAAGCACAGCUCCUCCAGUUCCAAGAACCAUAGCAACAGUGAGCACAAAGAUUCUUCAGAAAAGAAACACAAAGAUAAAGAAAGGGAAAAAGACAGACUAAAGCACAGAGAUGGGAGCUCUGACAAACACAAACACAAGGACAAGGAAAAAAGAAAGGAAGAAAAGGAUAAGAUCAACACCUCGAGUAGUAGUUCUGGAGACAAAAUAAAGAAGGAAAAUGGCUUCACAAGCCCUAUUCGUAUUAAACAAGAGCCUGAAGAUGAUUACGUCCCGUCCAUUAAAGUGGAAAAUAAGCCAAUGAAGAGGGCCCGUGAAGAUGAUGACGCUGAUUUUAAACCCAAGAAGAUCAAAAUAGAAGAUGCAAAGAAAGCCAAAAAACGAAAACUUGAAGUGGUAUCAAAGAACAAAAAAUCCAAAGUUAAUGUGGGAAAUGAAGGGCUGGGAAAAAAGAAGAAGAAAAAAGAGGAAGAAGAUAAGUGGAAAUGGUGGGAAGAAGAACGCUAUACAGAUGGUGUGAAAUGGAAAUUUUUGGAACACAGGGGCCCAGUGUUUGCACCGCCCUACAUUCCUCUCCCAGAUAACGUUAAAUUCUAUUACGAUGGGAAGCAUAUGAAGCUGAGCCCUCAGUGUGAAGAGGUUGCGACAUUCUUUGGUAAAAUGCUUGAUCACGAGUAUACAACGAAAGAUAUCUUUAGGAAGAACUUUUUCAAAGACUGGCGAAAGGAAAUGAAACCAGAAGAGAAAGUGGUAAUAACGGAUCUCAACAAAUGCAACUUUGAAGAAAUGAACCAACAUUUCAAGGCACAGUCAGAAGCUCGCAAGCUGAUGUCCAAAGCAGAGAAACAGAAAUUGAAAGAAGAUAAUGAGAAGCUUGUACAGGAAUAUGGUUAUUGUAUAAUGGACAACCACAAAGAGCGGAUCGCAAACUUCAGGAUUGAGCCGCCAGGGCUUUUCCGUGGCCGUGGGAACCACCCAAAGAUGGGCAUGCUGAAGAGAAGGAGCAGACCUCAGGACAUCAUCAUCAACUGUAGUAAGGACUCCAAGAUUCCACAACCACCUCCAGGCCAAAGGUGGAAAGAGGUCCGACAUGACAACAAGGUGACUUGGCUGGUCUCGUGGACGGAGAAUAUUCAGGGCUCUAUCAAAUACAUCAUGCUGAACCCCAGCUCCAGAAUUAAGGGUGAAAAGGAUUGGCAGAAAUAUGAGACUGCUCGGACGCUGAAGAAACUUGUCGACAAGAUACGUGCCCAGUACAGGGAAGACUGGAAGUCCAAGGAGAUGAAAGUCCGGCAGCGUGCUGUUGCACUUUACUUUAUUGACAAGCUGGCAUUGAGAGCUGGGAAUGAGAAGGAAGAAGGGGAGACAGCGGACACAGUAGGUUGUUGUUCCCUGCGAGUGGAACAUAUUAACCUGCACACUGAGCUUGACGGUCAGGAAUUCAUGGUUGAAUUUGAUUUCUUGGGUAAAGAUUCCAUUCGAUACUACAACAAGGUGCCUGUGGAAAAAAGGGUAUUCAAGAACCUUCAAUUAUUUAUGGAGAACAAGCAACCUGAAGAUGACCUUUUUGACCGACUCAAUACUUCAAUCCUCAACAAACAUCUCCAGGAGCUAAUGGACGGACUUACGGCUAAAGUAUUCCGUACCUACAAUGCUUCUAUCACCCUGCAGCAGCAGCUGAAGGAACUGACCAACCCGGAUGAAAAUGUUGCAGCAAAAAUACUUUCUUACAAUCGUGCCAACCGAGCAGUCGCUAUCCUUUGUAACCAUCAAAGGGCACCCCCCAAAACAUUUGAGAAGUCAAUGCAAAACCUGCAGAUCAAGAUUGAUGCAAAGAAAGACCAAAUUGGUCAAGCCAGGAGAGAGCUGAAGAGUGCUAAAGCUGACCUUAAAGUCAGAAGAGAUGAAAGGUGUAGAAAAUUAGUGGAAAGUAAGAAGAAAUCUCUCCAGAGAAUUGAAGAACAGUUGAUGAAAUUGGAAGUUCAAGCUACUGACCGAGAAGAAAACAAACAGAUAGCUCUUGGGACUUCCAAACUCAACUAUCUGGAUCCUAGGAUCAGCAUUGCUUGGUGUAAAAAGUGGGAGAUUCCAGUGGAGAAGAUCUACAACAAAACCCAGCGUGAGAAGUUUGCCUGGGCCAUUGACAUGUCAGACGAAGACUAUGAGUUUUAACCAUUGGUGUGACUGACACCGAGUGAGACACAGCCCAGGCCACCUCCGUGCUGGAGGAGAUCCGUUUUUAUGUAACAAGGAGAAAAGGAGAACUCUGUGGUUCCAUAGCUACUGUUUUAAGAGGAAGAAAAGCAAAGCAAAUAUAUAUAUAUAUAUAUUCGCACUGAUUAGAUUGGUGCAUUUAUACUGUUAGAACCUUGCAAUAACUUUUUUUUUAAUUGAGAACUACAGUCCUGUUUUGACAUAAAAUAAAAUCAAAUGUGCACCUGUUUUAAAAACUGGUCACUGCUGAGCCCAGGGAGAGAAUCAUUGACUGUUUGGCCAGAACUGGAGACUGCAUUCUUGCAAUCUUGUGGGUUUUUUUUAUUUUAUUUCAUGUUUUAAAGAGAUUAAAAGAAAAAGAUUGUCCCUGACCCAAGCCCUAACCAACUAGCUAGAACACUAACCCUAACAUACGUUUGACUCUGAACUUCAAAAUAAUGAACACGAAUGGUGUGAGAUUUUACCAGAAAGAUGAUCUUUAACGUGAUAUGUUUUUAAAGAAUUCUGCUCUGAUGGAGCCUGGGGCUUUUGGAGUGGUAGGUUAGUUACUGGUGUAACCUGUAAGAAUUGUCCUGUGGGCAGAACAGCCAUAUCCUUGCUCCAUUUUUUAAAGAUGGUAGAUUACCUUUCCGGCAUUUCUAGGAUAGUAAAUCGUGUGCUCCUGGAGCCAAAGAUAAAGUAGUUGUGUGAGCAAGACACUGAGCUGGGGUGGCAGCUUGGCUUGUCAAGGCUAAGUCGGGAGCAGUCAUAUUUGGACAAGCAAGAAAUUCUCUCCUUCUCUCCUGCAGUUUUGAACAACUUCAGAGAGGUUUGGCAUUAUAUGGCUGCCUCUCCCCCGACCUGUUCCGCCACUGAAAUUAUGCAUAGUCCUCUUUUCUUACCCAAUGUAAAUUGGUAACUUUUUAAUCGAUGAAUUGCCUGUAUCAAUUUCUAAGCUGUAAUGCUUUUAAAACAAAAUCCUUGUUUUUUUAUUGAGUUGAAUUGUUUGAAAGAAGCUGCCCAUUUAAAUCGUAGCUCACUAGAAUAAAUUUUGUGUCGUCUGACCCAGGGGAAUAGGGAAACUUUAAGGACUUGUCGAAGUGUUGGGGUCGGGGCGUCUAGCUCGUGCUCCAUGACUAGUGCCUUGUGAGCUGUGUGCUUGGACAGUCAUGAUCUAUCAGUCUCUGAUUGUUGCUCUGGGAAUUUUGUUUGACGCCGUUUUUUCUAAGGAGGAAGGGGAAGAACGUGGAGAUUUACCAGGUCAAAGAAGAUGUUGACACUUCCUGUUUAUAAAAUUUGUAGCAAAUAAAUUGACCAUCAUUGAGGGGGUUUGAGGGUGGGGGGAGAAGUAGAAUAGCCCCAGAGCAACAUUUAAAAACUGUGAAACUAAUAAUAUGUGGUAAGUGAUUUGCUCCAUCUCCCUUGCUAACAGUGCAAGUGAUCUGUGCUGUUGGGGAGCAAUUUUGUCUGAGCAUUUGUUAAGCAGUGACCUUUUUGAUCUGGUGUGUACUUGAGUUUCUUUACCCUUUAAAAAAAAAAGGUUUCCUUAUCUGUGACUGAGAUGAAAUCCUUUUUAGACAGAGUUAUUGGAUAGUGACUAACACCCAACAGCAACUCCGUGCCCACUGGGACUUGCUUCUUGCGUAGCUGCAAGCUGUAUGUUUAGGGGUUUGGGGGACUUUUGUCAAUGGGGGAAGUAUCUACAGUUCAGUUUAAUUUACUACGAUUGUAAUUAAUUUUAAAAGUGUGCUGUUAAUUAGUACCUUCUUCCUCGUGCAUUUUAAAGGCUCCUUGCACUCCAUCGAGUAAUUAUUUGGGUUGUCUGAAUAAUUAUUCCCCGAUAUUUUGAACCAUUUUGAGAAAAGGACAUCUUAAGAGGCCUUUAUUGCUGUGAAUAUGUAUUUUGUUGUAUUUAUAAAAUAAAAAAAAACAUUUCAGCUUGACUUGGGGAAAACAGAAGUAGACAAGUUAACUCAUUCAGAGGCCCUGUCACCAAAGAGUAAGGGGACUUGAUUUAAAUGUGUCCACUGGUUUAAGGUGAUUUUUUUUUUCUUUCUUUUUUUUAACUGUGAAUGGUUUUCCUUUUUGUUUUUAUGAGACAUGCAACUUUUUAAUGCUUCAACUCAGGUUAGAGAGUGCACGUGCGAGUGAGAAAGGGUACCUGAAUGAACUUGCCUACAAUUCCAGUAUUUGUGACUUUUUUUUCCCAUUAAAACUCCACAUCAUUUUAGCCUAACUGGACAGCUGGCCCAGAAACCUGAAACAGAAGUGUCGUCAUUAUUUAUUUUUUCUCUAUCUCUCUCUCUCUCUCUCUCUCUCAAUUUUAGAUGCUGUAAACAUUUGCUGUAAUUAGGAAGGGGUCUAUUAUAAGGUGGUGCUUGUUCAGUUAAGAGAGCAUUCAGCUUAAGAGAUCGCCUGGUGAGAAAACAUUUCUCCCGGAUCCCCCCACCCAAGUACAUGCACACACCCUUCGCCACACUGCCUGAUAAUUUUUGUUGACGUGGCCACCCAACUCACUUGAUGCUGAUGUCAUUGGCACGAGUUCACCCUCUCCCUAUCAGAGCUUUCCUGACAUUCAUAGUAUAGAGUCUGUUGCCCUGUUCUUAAGUAAAUAAUGGAUUUUUGACAGAUGCCGUAUCAAUUUCCGAGCCAUUUUAAAAUCAAAUUUUGAUGCGUCCAUUGUUAAGAACACUUCUUUGGAAAUUGGCUUUCUUUGUUUUAAGUGUUGGGGAAUUAUUAGGGAAGAGUCAUUUCAAGAGGGUAUAAUGCAGGAUAAAAAAUGUUACACCGUCAGACCAAUACAAAGCAGUGGGUGGGGUGUUGACCACUGCAAUAGCCACCCAGAAUUCUACCUGAUGAUAAUUAGGGGAAUGGAUUUGAGUUGGGAAGAAUUUGUCUGAUAUGGGAAACUAAGGAAUGGGAGCAGAGCAAGCAUAGUGACUGGAAUGCCUUCGCUGUUCAGACUCGAACUCAAAUCUGCUCUGCAAUGUUAACCACGAAGAGUCACCUGUAGAGUAAGUUUGGGGCAGAUUGCAGUGACUUCUCGGUUGAUAAUACACCCACAGAUGCCAAACACACAAUUCGACAUUAAGAGGUAGCCUGACUCGGGAGUGGGGUGGCUGGAAAGGGGGCCGAUCUUUUGGCUUUGGGGAUAAAGCUGUGCAUUUCAUUCGGGCCUUGUAGAGAAAGCUUUUGUUUGCAUUUUGGCUUGUGCUACAUGUGAACUGACAUUACUUGAAGCUGACACUGGAUGAGAAAGUGUUAAUUGCUCAGGACCAGCGCCGCAUAAGCAUGCAGUGAGGAACCUUGUCGAAUGGUGAGAAAUAUGUGUGGCUGGCUAACGCACACCAUUAUUGCCCAUCUGGUUUGAAAGCCAAUUCUUUGCUUAUCAUGUAACCUAGAAUUAAUUAAAAUCUAGAUAGUGAAAUUACAGGUACGGAGUGGGACUGGCUGAGGUCCAGAUCUCCUUUUCCCACCAUCCUGUCCACUCUUCACAUUUGACCUAUGCCACAGGGAACCUUGGUAACAAUUGGUGCAUAUCUUUCUACCUUGCCCAGUGUGGCACAUCAUAGCGUGGCGGGUGGGAAAUCAAUCCGUCUAAAAUAUCGACCAUUGGGACUUCAAAUUAUACCAUAAGCAGCGCCAAUAUUUAAAUUUGAUCCACGUUAAGCAAAUUGCUUUUUGUUUUAACACUGUUGCCUCAUUAUAGAUACGGAAUAGAAUCUGCUGUUAGAAAUUAAGAACGGGCCGAGCCCACACUUUCCAAAAAGGUGUAGGUAACUGUUAGGACAACCUCCAUUUACAAAUUCAAUGAAUCUGGCAAGUGCUGCUCUUCAACCAACCUCCAAGACUCUCUAUGUCCUAGCUGAACAUGGGAAUCGGGGUGGUUAUCAAAUGGAACCUUGCAUUGAACAUGCCAUGCUCUUGUCCAUCCUUCCCCUUGCUUCCCUUUUGAACUCUUGAACCCUUAUUUCCCCACCCACCCCCCUUCCCUUUUCCUUCAGCCCACCCCCGAAUCCCCUCUCCAUCCUCCAAAACAAAAUCUCUUGUUGCCUUGGAAAAAAGGGUGUUAUAAAAACGCUCAUUUUAGGAGAGGAAAUAGUUUUGCAAUUCAACGUUGGGAGGGUGGGUGGGAAAUGAGUUGACCCUUGGACCUUACCCGAUAGGUUGUUGAGCCAUGUAUGAAUCGAGCUGCUUGGUUUUGAAUUGCAGGCUUUUUUAAUUUAUAAUUUAAACUGGAGUUAUUUUUUAGCAUUUACACAGUAUGCCACUGUGCUGGUGAUUUUAUCUGGGCACCAAUUUUAGCAUGUUCCUGUGUUACAGCUAUCCAGUUAGGUUUUCCUGUUCCCUGUCUAUGAAUCAUUGUUGUAGCACAUUUAUCAUGUACUUGUGAAACUGGCCAACAUAUAUAUAAAUAUAUAUUAAAAGAUGCUUAUUCAGUCUGAAUUGUAUUGAGGAAAUUUUACAUUUUUCUUUUUUCCUCUUGCCUAGAAUUCUCUUUAGUGUGUGCUUUAACCGAUGAGCUAGUAUUCACAGACUGAUGUGCACCAGGUUUUUUUUUACAGAUUAUUUCUGUAAAUUUAACAUACUGCGAUGAACUGUGCUCAUUUGUAUUUUUAAAUAAAGACAUUGUACACUA